GCCAUCACACAACAUCAUUCAGACACAAAUGGGAAGUACGCAAGUAGUGUACACUUCGAAGGGGUAGAACAGUCAUUUUACGUUCCUCGCUGCCCUUGGUGCAUUCUUCCUCCUUGUACAGAUGAGAGGGACAAGCAGUUGGCUUUUUGGGUUUUUUACAUCCCUAAACUAGGGUCGCAAUAAAGUAGUUUUUGUUUCAGACAUCAUUUCUAAGAGUCCCAGAUCAGGUCAACUAGGAAUUUUUGUUCUAAUGAUGUCAAUUCCUUCUCCUCCCCAUAUGGGUACUCCUCCUCAUUUGGGUACUUCCCCUCACCCUGAUAGCCCUUCUGACUUGGAGAGUCCUCCUCAGAUUGAUAUCCAUCAAGAUCUCUUUCCUGACUACUACGGUGGACCAGCUUCCGUUCCAUCCGAGCAAAAAGAAGAAUUUCUGGAGAAUGACAUCCCUAAUGGAAGUAAUGUUAUUCCUCCUGUAAUUAAAGAGAAUAAUUUCCCUCCACCGGUUCCACCUGGUUCCGCUGGGGAAGGGUUACCGUAUGCUCCUAUAGAUUGGCCAAAUCCUGGUGAUAUUUGGAGCUGGAGAGUGGGGAAGAGGGUCAACAAUUCUGGCUUCUACAACGAUAGAUUUCUCAAUGUUCCAAAAAGUCUUAGAAUGCCAAAUAAUCCAAAAAUGUUUGCAAGCAAGCCAACACUGGAACGUUUUCUCCGAUCACAUUUCCCAGAUGCAGAUAUUAAUGCAUUCUUUGCUUCAUUUUUUUGGAAGAUCCCUGCCAGUUUGGAAUCUCCUACCAAAGCGCCAGCAGAAGGAAUGGAGGAUGCUAAAAAAGAAAGUAACAAAAAGACUCCGAGAAGCAGCCAGAGGAAGAGGACUCCCCAAUCCAGUAAUCCCCUUUCCACCGACAGUAAAAAGAAGCAGAAGACAACUAAAGGAUCAGCAUCUGCCCCACCUAAGCGACAAACUCGUCAGCGUCUUAAAGAUUCUGCCCCACCUCCACCUGAAAUUGAAGAUACAAAUGGCAGUCUUGAUAUGUCUUUCUUAGAUGAUGAAACGACUAGAGCGGAAUUUGACAACUACCUCAAUUCUUUGGAUGACAUGCUUGCUCAGCCUCUGUCUGAAGAACCAUUUUCCCAUCCUGAGAUGCAUAACUCCUUUGCCGAUGAAGAUGAGAUGGCUGAAGCUCGAAAGAAACUAUCUUCGCUUCUUGAUAUGGAUUUCCCUUCAUUGAUUUGCUUCAAAGACCUUGAUGAACUCACAAGUCUAGCAUCUAAACUUCGGAAGGAUCCUACUCUUACUGCCGAACAACUUGUGAAGUUGAAGUUGAUUGAAGAGAUUCCAUCAUAUUGUGAGGUUUUCCUAGAGAAUAGGGGAGUGAUGGAGCAGGCACACAAGUUCUUUACAACCCUUGAGGUCAAUAAGGCCAAGGUCACUUCACUCAGGCAAGAGUAUAGUGAGUUAAAAGAACAAGUAACACAUCUGCAGUCAGAGGUAGAUUCCAACACAUUGACUGUCCAAGAAAUUGACGAUCAGAUAGCACAACUUAAAUCCCGUCGUGCUCAGCUUACCAGAUUGAUAGACAGUAAGAAGAGAGACAAGGAGGGAUUGACUUAUAAUCAAAAGUUGGUGGCAAACUCCAUUCCCAAAGUUGUACAUGAAGUUCAGCUUGCUAAUGCCAGAAAGCCAGAAUGGGAACUAAAGAAGGAAAAUGCAGAAGGGCGAGAGGCCGAAAUACUUGCCAAAUUUGCUCCUCUAAAAGGAUUUUCCCUUUGAAGAAAAUCAUCUUCUGAAACCAUGUCUAGUAAGGAGCUAAUAUUUGAACACUAUGGUCAUAGGACUAUGCUUUUAAUUUUCUACAAUAACAAUAGCUGAGGCUGCUGCUCUCAUGUGCAUUGCUUUAGCGGAUUGUGACAUUAUAAUAGCUUUACCAACUGGGUAUUCCUUGUAAUUUUCAGUCUGAAACUCUUAAUUAUCGAGGAUGGGUGCCAUAGCUCUAUCUAAUUAUUAUGGAAUUGCAUGAAAUGCACUGUCCUUUUGUGCCUUGAAUACUUUGAGAUCUACCAGUGGAGGAUUUUGUAAA